AUGGUCAUGGAGGAAGACAUCGACAUCAAGUUGAAGACUCGUUUUUUAGGGCAGGUGUUGGUGCUGUAUGCACGUCCUCCUCUUCAACUGGAUUCAUUUUUCUCGUUGCUCCGAGAUGCCUGCCAGCAGCCAAGCUCACAACCUAUCACUGUUAAGUGGAUAGACGAAGAUGGUGACCCAGUGUCAAUAGACAGUCAGCGCGAGCUGGAUGAAGCAGUUCGCAUUCUGCAGCAGGGGGGUGACGCAGAAUUGAACAUCCAUGUUUUUCUCGGUCAACCUGCUCUUCCCGGUUUGCCUUGCGAGGGGGAAGACAGAAAUGUGUACCGCAGGGGAGCGCGACGGUGGAAGAAAAUAUAUUUAUUUAAUGGACAUCGUUUCCAAGCCAAACGACUGAACAGGAGAAUCCAAUGCUACAUAUGUCACGAUUACAUAUUUGGUAUUGGUCGCCAAGGAUAUAGAUGUGCUGAUUGCCGCCUAUGUGUGCACAAAAAAUGUCAUCGCCUUGUUAGAACUGCUUGCGGCCAGACUCCAACUCAAAUCAUCCCUUCGCACCCAAAUACCGCAGCUUUCGUGCCAAGUUCUUAUCACUUCGGUUCUCAGAACGGUGGGGAGAAAACCUCAUUCGCUGGUCUUGACAACGGUGCGUUUCAAGAGGCUGAAGUUGAUUCUAUACGUCCGGCGUCAUGCUCUGUUACCGCGCCUCAGGACGGAUCAGCUCCGAGCAAAUGGUCAGUUUCUCUAAGUGAUUUCCGCCUCCUCACUGUCAUUGGACGUGGUUCUUAUGCCAAAGUUGUGCAAGCGGAGCACAUCAAAACGAAGCAGAUCUACGCCAUUAAGAUAAUAAAAAAGCAAAUGUUCAAUGAAGAUGAGGACAUCGACUGGGUGCAAACUGAGAAAUCUGUCUUUGAAGCCGCUUCGAAUUACCCUUUUCUUGUGGGUCUGCAUUCUUGUUUUCAGACUGAAUCUCGACUUUUCUUUGUUAUCGAGUUUGUUCCCGGAGGAGACCUCAUGUUUCAUAUGCAGCGUCAGAGGAAACUUCCUGAAGAUCACGCAAGAUUUUACUCAAGUGAAAUCAUCCUAGCAUUACAUUUCCUUCAUUCUCGUGGGAUAAUCUAUCGCGAUCUUAAGCUGGAUAAUGUAUUGAUAGAUGCCGAGGGACACGUGAAGCUGACCGAUUAUGGGAUGUGCAAGGAAAAUAUUGGCCCUGGCGACGUUACUUCAACUUUCUGUGGCACUCCAAACUAUAUUGCUCCAGAAAUUCUGCGCGGAGAAGAUUAUGGGUUUAGCGUUGACUGGUGGGCACUAGGCGUACUCAUGUAUGAAAUGAUGGCAGGUCGUUCUCCUUUCGACAUCGUAGGUGCAGCAGGAGAUCCUGAUCAAAACACAGAGGAUUAUCUCUUUCAGAUAAUUCUCGAGAAACAAAUCAGGAUCCCACGUAGCUUGUCGGUCAAAGCUGCAUCCGUUCUGAAACAGUUCCUCAAUAAGGAUCCGUCAGAACGUCUUGGUUGUCGGGUAGAUAUCGAUGAGGCCUUAGUCGAAAUGAAGGAACAUCCUUUCUUCAAGAACUCUGUUGACUGGGAAGCGUUGGAACAAAGGCAGAUCGCUCCUCCGUACAAUCCUUCGGUGGAAAGUGACCGCGACUUGCAGCAUUUUGACACGCAGUUCACCGAUGAAGCACCCACUCUGACACCGGACGAUCCAAACAUCAUUGCCAAGAUUGACCAAAGCGAGUUUGAUGGCUUUGAAUAUGUAAAUCCCUUGCAAAUGAGUAAGGAGGACUCUGUUUAA